GGUGGGCGGGCCAGCGGCAGCGCGAGCUGCCAAGGUGCGCGCGCGCCGCCGCGGCUGCACCCGCCCCUCCCGCGGCGGGCAGGGACGGGCCGGUCCCGCUCCGCUCCAGCCUCAGCUCCAGCCUCAGCCCUAGCCCCAGCCCCGCUCCGCCGCCUCCGAGCAGCGGCAUGAAGCGAAGGUUAAUAAUGCUGGUAAGGCAGAGGUGAAAGUGGCUCAGCAGAACAACAUCAGGAAAUCUGGCAGACUGGAAGAGCACAGCUGCCCCCCUGGGCAGCUGCCACGUGUGAAGCAUGGAGGAAAGUAAAAACGAGAAGGUGAACCAGGCUCAUGUUCUCUUUGACAGAUUUGUCCAGGCUUCCACCUGCAAGGGGACUCUCAAGGCUUUCCAGGAGCUCUGUGACUACCUGGAACUAAAGCCCAAGGACUAUCGUUCCUUCUAUCACAAACUCAAGUCCAAGCUCAAUUACUGGAAAGCCAAAGCCUUGUGGGCCAAAUUGGAUAAAAGAGGCAGCCACAAGGACUACAAGAAGGGGAAAGCAUGCGCCAACACGAAGUGUCUGAUAAUUGGGGCUGGACCCUGUGGCCUUCGCACAGCCAUCGACCUGUCCUUCCUGGGAGCCAAGGUGGUGGUGAUAGAGAAGAGAGAUGCCUUCUCCCGCAACAACGUGCUGCACCUCUGGCCCUUCACCAUCCACGACCUCAGGGGCCUCGGCGCCAAAAAGUUCUACGGCAAAUUCUGUGCAGGAUCCAUAGACCAUAUCAGUAUCCGUCAGCUCCAGCUGAUCCUUUUGAAGGUUGCCUUGAUCUUGGGAAUAGAGAUCCAUGUCAAUGUGGAGUUCCGGGGGCUUGUUUACCCUCCAGAGGACCAGGAGAAUGAAAGAAUAGGUUGGCGUGCCCUGGUCCAUCCCAAAACCCAUCCAGUGUCUGAGUAUGAGUUUGAAGUAAUCAUUGGAGGGGAUGGCAGGAGAAACACCUUAGAAGGGUUUCGCCGGAAGGAAUUCCGUGGAAAGCUUGCAAUUGCUAUCACAGCAAACUUCAUCAAUCGCAACACCACAGCUGAAGCCAAAGUAGAAGAGAUCAGUGGUGUGGCCUUCAUCUUCAACCAGAAGUUCUUCCAGGAUCUCCGAGAUGCCACAGGCAUUGACUUGGAGAACAUUGUCUACUACAAAGAUGAUACACACUACUUUGUCAUGACUGCCAAAAAGCAGAGCUUGCUGGAUAAAGGAGUGAUACGGCAUGACCAUGCCGACACAGAGGUCUUGCUCUCCCGGGAGAACGUGGACCAGGAGGCUUUGCUGAACUACGCCAGGGAGGCAGCAGAUUUCUCCACUAACCAGCAGCUGCCCUCGCUGGACUUUGCCAUCAACCACUACGGGCAGCCCGACGUGGCCAUGUUUGACUUCACGUGCAUGUACGCCUCCGAGAACGCCGCCCUGGUGCGCGAGCAGAACGGCCACCAGCUCCUCGUGGCGCUGGUCGGGGACAGCCUCCUGGAGCCCUUUUGGCCAAUGGGAACUGGAAUAGCCAGGGGAUUUUUGGCUGCAAUGGACUCUGCUUGGAUGGUACGAAGUUGGUCGCUCGGAGCCAGUCCUUUGGAAGUCCUUGCAGAGAGGGAAAGCAUUUAUAGGCUGCUGCCUCAGACCACCCCAGAGAACGUGAGUAAGAACUUCAGCCAUUACAGCAUUGAUCCUGCCACCCGAUAUCCCAAUAUCAACGUCAACUUCUUGAGGCCACAGCAGGUACGCCACUUGUAUAAUACAGGAGACUUGAAAGACAUUCACCUGGAGAUAGAGAACUUUGUGAACUCCAGGACACCAAAGCUGACUCGAAAUGAGUCUGUAGCUCGCUCUAGUAAAUUGCUCAGCUGGUGCCAGAGGCAGACGGAUGGGUAUGCUGGUGUUAAUGUGACAGAUCUGACAAUGUCGUGGAAAAGUGGCUUAGCUUUGUGUGCCAUUAUCCACAGAUACCGUCCAGACCUAAUAGACUUUGAUUCCUUGGAUGAGCACGAUGUGGAGAAGAACAACCAACUGGCCUUUGACAUCGCUGAGAAAGAGUUUGGGAUCUCUCCCAUUAUGACUGGAAAGGAAAUGGCAUCUGUUGGAGAGCCAGAUAAGCUGUCCAUGGUGAUGUACCUCACACAGUUCUAUGAGAUGUUCAAAGACACCAUCCCCUCUAGUGAUAGCCUGGAGCUGAAUGCAGAGGAAAAGGCUGCCCUGAUUGCCAGUACCAAGUCUCCCAUCUCCUUCCUCAGCAAACUGGGACAAAGCAUCUCUCGGAAGCGCACUCCCAAGGACAAAAAAGAAAAGGAACUGGAUGGUGCAGGAAAGAGGAGAAAAACCAGCCAAUCUGAGGAUGAGGACCUCCCACGAAGCUACAGAGAAGAAAGGCCCACACUGGUGAGUGCCCUGACAGAGAGGAGAAUUGAUGCUGCCAUUGGGAAUCAGAACAAAGUCAAGUCCAUGGCAACCCAGCUGCUGGCCAAGUUUGAAGAGAAUGCACCGGUGCCAUCCUCAAAUUUACGGAGACAGCCACCUGUCCUGCCUUACCAAGAGCGUGUCCACAGCCAGCCAUCCAGCAGACGAGAGCAGGGCCGGCUUGCCCCCAUACCCCAGUGGAAACAGAUGAGGCAUAAGGAACGUUCUCGGACCUGCCCCAAAAAAGUGAUCAUGCUCUCUUCUUCCACUCCAUCCUCCUCUCCAUCGUAUCCCAGGCAGCAGAGAUUCAGGGAACCUGGUGCUGGCUAUCCCGGGGAGCUGAGGCCCAGACAGGAAAGGAGAUCUCCUCGUUUAUUUUCUCAUGACCAAGUGCCCAUGAGUGUUGAGCAAAGGGCAGUUCAGCUGGCUGCUCUCCUGGAGUCCAGACGUGCACUGAGGCAUCAGCCCGAGACGGAGCCGUCUCGCCGAUUCUUUGUUGACCAGUGGGAGCUCUCCCUUAGCCUCCGCUCUUCCAACCGCCCUUCCUCACCCUCCUCCGACUCCCUCCGCCAGAAGUACAUUAAGAUGUACACAGGCGGAGUGAGCUCAUUGGCUGAGCAGAUAGCCAAUCAGCUUCAAAGGAAAGAGCAACCCAAAACCCUUCUAGACAAGAAGGAACUGGGCUCACUGAAGAAGGAGUUCCCCCAGAACCUGGGAGGCAGCGACGUGUGCUACUUCUGCCGCAAGCGGGUCUACGUGAUGGAGAGGCUCAGUGCCGAGGGCAAGUUCUUCCACCGCAGCUGCUUCAAGUGCGAGUACUGCGCCACCACCCUGCGCCUGUCCUCCUACGCCUACGACAUCGAGGAUGGUAAAUUCUACUGUAAACCUCACUACUGUUACAGAGUCUCUGGUUAUGCUCAGAGGAAGAGGCCAGCAGUGGGUCCUCUGUCAGGAAAGGACACCAAAGGACCUGUGCAGGACACCAUGGCCAGUGAUGGGAGUGGACGGGCCAGCAGCCUCCCCACCUCAGCAGAGAGAGCCCCAGGUCCCAGUGUGAACGGGCUGGAGGAGCCCAGCCUGGCCAAGCGGCUGCGGGGCACUCCAGAGCGCAUCGAGCUGGAGAACUACCGGCUGUCGCUGCAGCGCGAGGAGGAGCUGGAGGAGGUCCCCGAGGAGACUCUGGCAGAGCACAACCUCAGCAGUGUGCUGGACAAAGGGACAGAAGAGGAUGUGCCCAGCAGUAGUUCAGAAUCUGAGAUGGAGGAGGAGGAUGAAGAGGAAGAUGAUGAACAGCAACCCCCUUCAGACCUGGGUGGUGUGCCAUGGAAAGAGGCUGUGCGUAUCCACGCCCUCCUGAAAGGAAAGAGUGAAGAAGAGAUUGAGGCUGAGCAAAACCAUGAGAUUGAGUACAAAUAUGAUGAUGAGGAGGAAGAAUACGAAGAGGAAGAAGAUGAAGAGUCAAGUGAAGAGGGGGAGUAUAACCCUUGGGAGAGAGAGCUGCAGCAAGGCCUCUGGCUUCAACGUCUCUCAGAUGAAGAGGACUCGGGUACACAUAAAGCUGGAAACCUUAGGCUGCAGCAGAUUGUAAAUCCGGUUGAUCCUCUGGAGAUCCUGGCAGAUGUGCACUGGACACACAUCCGUGAGAAAGAGGAGGAGGAAAAAAUGGUCUCAGCCUCAAAGUCCUCCACCUCCAGAGCAUCCGACCUUCCCUCCGUACGCCAUGAGGCGGUACAGGCGUGGCUGGAGACGGUCCCUGGAGCUCCAUGUGAGGAGGAUGAUGUGGAGGAUGAGCUGGGCACAGAGCCUGCAGACACAGAAGGGCAGGCAGGUGAAGAGGGAGACACGGGUGCAGAGCUGGACGAUGACAUUGCCUCUGAUGCAGAAGCGGAGUUUCGUUUACGGCAGAGUGGUGCCAAAGGGGCAGAGCUGAAAGUGUCUGAGGAUGAAGAAGAAGCAGAAAGUGCUUCUCACAGUGUGACAGAAGAUCCAUGCAAGCCACCCACCCCUAUCCAGCCCUCUAGUGACAGUGUUCUUCCUCUGUCUCCAGCUGCUAGUCCCAAAGCAAAACAAGCAGAGGAUGCAGAAGAUCCCCUGGCUGAAGUGUGCCGUGCAAUAAAAUCCCCAGAGCCACGCUUUUUUCCUGAGCCUUUCAUUCUUGAGGAAAGACCAAAGGAUGAAAUUCCCAAAGAAAGGAAAGUUAAGAGCCCUUUGGUGCCACCAUCUCCAGUGUUGUCCCAGCCUGUUGCAUCCCCAGAAGCCAUUGCACCCCCAUCACUAGCAGAGUCUCAGCCAGGGGCACCAGCACUGGCCUCAUCCCCAGCAUCUGCUCAAAUGCCUAUCUGUUCCCAGCCUUUGCCUUCUGCUGAAACAUCCAUUCCAUCCCCAGUGGAGCCUCCAGUAUGUUUCCAACCUGUCCCAGCCUUAACAUCUACACCUUUAGCCAAACUGGCCCUUAGGGGCCAGGAUGGUGAGGUAGAAAAACUGGGGAGCCCCACUACUGCAGAAGAAGCCCUGAAACGGAGCAGCCUCGUGGAAGAGUUCUGGAUGAAGAGUGCUGAAAUCCGAAGGAGCUUGGGGCUCACCCCCGUGGACAGAAACAAACGCUCAGAGAGCAACUUCACUGUGUCUGCUCUGGAGACAACUCCUCAGAAGACUUUUAAUAGCAGGAAUAUUUCAGGGGAUGAAAGGAUCCAUUCUGUGAAACCCCAGCCUGCCCCAAGAAGGCAGGGACUAUCCAAGUUAGAAAAUGAGCAGAUUUCUCUGCUCACUCCAAAGUCUCCAUCAGAAAAAGAGCUAAAGAUUUCCAGUGAAGUACGGGGAGACGUAUCCAGCAGCUCUGGGCUUGGCCUUCAGGAGAGUUCAUCUAACAUGAGAACUAUGGCUAGCCAGAGCUUCAACACUUCUGACUCCACCAUGCUAACUCCUCCAUCGAGCCCACCCCCACCACCUCCUCAGAACGAGGAGCCGGCCACGCUGCGCAGGAAGAGGUACCAGGCACUCUGGCAGAAUGAGGUGGAAACCAGGUCACCUCCAACACCAGCAUCAACACCUCCUGCUCCCCGACACCAGGAGCCAGCCCCUCCUGCCAAGGAGACCCCCCCAGCCAAGAGGGACGACGUGCGGAAGUCGUUCGCAGAGAGCGUGGAUGAAAUUCCGUUUGCUGAUGACGUGGAAGACACGUACGAUGACAGGACAGAGGACUCAAGCCUGCAUGAGAAGUUCUUUACACCUCCUACCAGUAGGCCAAGGCCAGAGAAACCACAUCUUUUGCCCUUGGUCAAAGAAAAUGGUGGUCCACCCUCCAUGGAAGGAGGGGUUCACCAUAAGAAGAGAGUGUUCCCUGACAUUUCUGUGGAGGCCAAGGAGCUUGCUGAAGAAAGAAUGAGAGCCAGAGAGAAGUCUGUCAAGAGCCCAGCACUACGAGAUGCCAUGGCCAAACAGUUGUGUAAGAUGAAAGAUAUGGAGAUGACUGCUGCUGCUGCUACUGGGGCCACAAGGGCACGAAAGGCAUCUUCUAUGCCCUUGAAGACCAAAGAGUUGUUUUAUGAGUCUCCAAAACAUUUGGCCUUGAAAUUAGCAGAGGGAUCCGCACGAAAACAUAAUUCUGCUACUGAGAAGUACUCCACUCCUCCUGCUGAUAUGGCUGGACCUGAAGGGUCUGUCAGCUCUUCAGAAGGCUCCAGUGGGAAGAGUAAGAAAAGAAGUUCCCUCUUCUCCCCUCGUAAGAACAAAAAGGAGAAGAAAUCCAAAAACGAUAGCAGACUUUCUGACAAAUCUAGUGGUGGGACAGAGGAAGCAACAAAGCCUAGGUCGUUAUGGAAGUCUGUUUUCUCUGGCUAUAAGAAAGACAAGAAGAAAAAGGCUGAUGAGAAAUCUUGCCCAAGUACUCCCUCAAGUAAUGCCACUGCGGAUUCUGGCAAGCACAAACCCUCUCCACUGAUUACAGCUGCAGAUCUACAACUCCGUCAGCACCUGAGUUUCUCAGAGGACUCUGACCUCUCCAGUGAUGAUAUUCUGGAACGUUCCUCCCAGAAAUCCAAACGAGAGUCGAUCUAUGUACCACACGCCUUGGCAUUCAAGAGAUCAUACUCGUCAAAGAGGGCCUACACAGAAGAGGAGCUGAACGCCAAGCUGACGCGGCGAGUACAGAAAGCUGCCCGCAGACAAGCCAAGCAAGAGGAGCUAAAGAGGUUACACAGAGCUCAGAUUAUCCAGCGGCAGUUGGAACAAGUGGAAGAGAAGCAGAGGCAACUCGAGGAGAGAGGAGUUGCUGUGGAGAAGGCCCUUCGAGGAGAAGCAGACUAUUGGGGAGAGUCUUAUUACAGUGACCUCAUCGACUUGCAUCUGGGUGGCAUGGGUAAGAAGGAUGACCCCAAGCUGAUGCAGGAGUGGUUCAAGCUGGUGCAGGAGAAGAAUGCCUUGGUUCGCUACGAGUCUGAACUGAUGAUAUUUGCUCGGGAGCUAGAACUGGAAGACAGGCAGAGUCGGCUGCAGCAGGAGCUCCGUGAGAGGAUGGCAGUAGAAGAUCAUCUGAAGACAGAUGAGGAGCUCUCAGAGGAGAAGAGGAUCCUAAACGAAAUGCUUGAAGUAGUGGAGCAGAGAGAUUCCCUUGUGGCUCUCCUUGAGGAGCAGCGACUUCGAGAAAAAGAAGAAGACAAGGACCUGGAGGCAGUCAUGCUUUCCAAAGGUUUUAGCUUGAACUGGUCCUGAGCUUAACACAUUUACCUCUGCUGGUCUGUGCUGUCCAGUUGGCCUACCCUGAGUUUGCCAGAAUUACAUGGAUAGGAAGAUGUUGAAGGGGAAACCUCUGAAAGGUCCAACAGCAUGCAGGGAUUUGGUUUGAAGCACUCAGAAGCCUUUUGAUAAGUGUGUUGGUUCCAGAAGCUUAAGUUUUACAUGUCUGCAAGCCAAGUUGAAGAAAUGAGUUGAGACUGUGGAGUCUCCUUGAGGUCCUGUAUGAUGGACCAUAUUUUGUGUGUGGUAGGAGGGAGGGGGCAAUAAUCCAUGUGUGGGGAAGGAGGUUAAGGGAAGAAGUACCCUUAACUACAUUGGAUUUAUGGCAGUCCAUUCCUUUCCGAUUUUUACUACACCAGUUCUAAUAAAAGGGAGGGAAGUGGCAACCUUUCCUGAAAAACCACAGCAGCCUGUAGCAGUGGAGUCAGCUGUCCAAGAGAGCUCCAGAAGCCCAGGGCAACGCCUUCUUUGCUUUAGUCUUCCUCCCCACCAAAGAAACCUGCAGUUGAUCCUUAUGCAUGGAUAUGAAGAAAUACAAGACAGAGAAGAUACUGCUAUGUGUGAUGGAACUCUCUGCCUCUUGGUUUUUGGAGAGAAGUGGGCAUCAGUGGACUCUUUCCCUACCUUAGCCUCCUAAAUCUUCUUGUGGGGAACAAUGGGAGCAGAAGAGAGAGGGAAGAUGCCCACCUGCUUUGCUACACACUGGAGAGGCAGCUACUGCUGGCCUUAGUCUUCAUGGCCACAGCUCAGAGGCUGGUGGGCUUCCUUGUUCUGUUUUUAUUGUGACUGUUUUGACACUGGAAAAUACUGCUGUGGGACAGUGGUAAGUGUGUGCUGGGCAGGGGUGUUCCCAGGCAGCAUUCCCUGGUAAUUAGGCCCCCUGAAAGGGAGAAGCCCUUAAGUGACUGAACCACCAUUAAGACUUUUCAGUGUUUUUUAUUUUUUUUUUCUGUAGUAUUUUGUUUUUGCACAUUGGAAACAAAGCUUAAGACCUGCCUGGGCCCUCAGUCACUUUGACCCUUUUAUGUCAAUUAACUUAUUUUUUUAAUACUUGAAAGAAGAUUCAUUUUUGUAUCUUUUAGGAAAAAAAUGGACGAGUGAUGGGUGUGUGUGCCUGCUGCAUCCUACAACUUCCACUUCAAAAUUACUGGACGUUGUUACCUGUGGCUAUUUAUUAGUGUUCUUAAUAAUAAUUUGAUUGUUACACAUAUUUGAUUGUGGAGGGAGUAUUUUAACUCUGUUAGAGAAAGACACUACUGCGGAUUGGUCCCUGCUUCACAGCAAGGACAGCCUUUAUGUACCCAUGGAUGCAUCCUGCCCUAGGAGUUUUCAUCUAUGAAAAAAUCCUGUGCACUCAUGGAGUUUAAGAAUAUAUUUGUGUUCUUAGCAUCCUUUUCUUCCACAUCCCACAUUCUCUCUUUUGGACUAACAAACCUAUAUUUAUUUAAAUUUUACAUUUUUAUAACAAGAAAGCCAAAACUGUGAGGUAGAAAUAUCCCAUAUGUCUCUUCCUCACUGAAAGAGGGGAUCCUCACAGUCCUGAUACAGUUUGAGGGGUUUCCAUGAAAGCAAAACCAGCACAUUUCCUGCUGCAUCUAUUGGAAGAAGCUCCUUUUGGCCCAGUUAGUGGAUCUGCUGCUUUUCAGCCAGGAGGUUCCUGACCAUAACCACACGAUGACCAAUGAGCAGGAUGUGCACUGAGCAGCUCAGCCCCACUCCCUGUGGGACAGACUCCCUGGGCAAGCCAUGUCCUCAACCUAUCCUGCAGAGCUGAAACAGCACCGUGCACUGGGGAUGUGUCCCAUCCUUCACAUGAUGUGUCCAGAGGGUUUCCCUCCUUGGGAUGCUGAUGGUGUUCUUUUCCUGUUCAAGAAGUACCAGGGCUGCUUUCUGAUGUCUCUGAGAACAUGUUCCAUUCCCAAGCACAUUUGUACAGCUGACUGACUCUUCCAGCUGGAAUUGACACUGCCAGUGCUAGGCAUCCCAGCAGGGCUGAACAUCCUUCAGUCUUUUGCCCUGGCACAGAAGUGUGCAUGGUUUCUUGCUGUUGGCUCUCUACCUCCUUCAGAGGGGUCUCCUGUAAGCCAAGGUCUAUGAUUUGAAUUCACCUCUGACUUGGGAGAAUGCCCCAGGCUGAGGGAGAAUGGGUAGGAGUGUCCAUGGGGACUCUGAACAGUGCUGGUUGCUAACUGUGGAAACCCAUGUUUUCCACCCAAAGUGUUCUCCCUUUAUUCCACCUAAGGCAUUACAAAUUAAAUCCAGAUACUCGUGAAACCGAGAAGACAGACAGGCAGCUGCAGUGUUACUUCACAACCGUGCAUGUUUAGUAAGUGGCACCUGCCAUUCCAGCAUCCCAGAGUGUUGGCUUUACCAGCAGGAUGUCUAACAUACAGAAUUCCCUCCCAUUUGCUGGUGCAGGGCCUGCUGCCCAAGUCAAACUGGCAAUGGUAGUUUACGCAGUCUGCACUUGAGGGGCCACUGGAAGCUGGAGUUCAGGAAGAGGGAAGAAAGUUGAAAGUUUACUGUAAAUUGUCUUGUUCAGAGAAUUGGCCUCAGUCCAUUUUAUAGUGCAUUGGGUAUAUGGACCACAUCUAACAUGUAACAGAAGGUCAUUGAAUGUGAGCUGUAGAACUAAAAAAAGUCCUGAAGAAGAAACAGCCGAUGGUUUCGUUUCCCUUUCAUGCUGAGGGACAUUGGCCAGAUCUUUGCAAUGCUGAAGAGUGAGAUCACUUCAGGGUGUAAUAUCUUAUUGCACAGAAAACCCACAUAUUCUAACCCUAAACUCUAUGGGUUGUGCUGCAGGCCUCCAGCAGCGAGAAUGAAAACAAAGAGCUAACAUCGCACACACAAAUUGAUUAAAAAUAUACAAAAGGGAAUGUUAAAAGGCCGUUUUAUAUCAAAAUGGUUGUAAAAGGCACAACUUGUUAUUUGCUGUUCAGUUGCACUUUAAGAAUAUGACUUGCAUAUCAGAUAGUGGGUUUUUUUACUCUCUGAAUAUUUUUAAUUCAAAUUUUGUAUUUUUAAAGCUGAAGAAGGUUCUUGUGAGCACAAGAUUCCUUAUUUGUAUCUGAAUCCGAGCAGGAUGUUGUAGCUCUUUGCGCUGCCCGCAGCGCACACUCAGCCACGUGCAUUCAAUGACGUGUGUCCAUUUCACAUGUGAGGAGAGCCAAGGGACCCUCAGCUCCCCAGAGGUGGGCACACAAGGGUGGCUGUCCCCAGGUGACACGGUCCUGACCCGGGGCUGGCUGCUUCUUCCUGGCAGCAGGUGGGGAGAGAGCCAAGCUUGGAACCUGAGCCAUGUUGGUUCUGAAAUGGGCACACUGAGGAUGGGGCAAGCCCUUCAGCCCCCUACAGGGAAGGUAGGGGAACACCAGCUCCUGGAAGGAAAUGCCCAGGAAGUAAAGGGAGAUGGGGGAGGGAGGACUGCCAGAACAACUAAUCUGCUGUUUUCACAGUACUAUUUUUUUUUAAACUGUUCUGUUCCUUUUAACCAUAUUCCCAUUAAAAGUCACAAAUGGCUGUAAAAUUCCAAGCUUCAGAGAACUAAUGUGUGGGGAGGUGACAAGACAUUUCAGCUCCAACUUUCAGACAUAUUCCUUCUUUCAGUUAACCAAUACCCCCUGGUCUCACUAGGGCAUGUUAUAAACUGCAUUGCUGAACAUAUUUUAGAGCAAACCGCAAGUUUUAAAAGUCUGUCCUUCUCUCUCUGUCUCUGCAUUUUCUGUAAAUAUUUGUUCGUAUGUAAAGGCACCAGUGGAUCCUUGGGCUACCCCCAUGGCCAAGAAUCUGAGUUUUGUGCAAUGCCUAGGCCUCUGUUAGAACACGGUGCUUGCAUAGAGCUAGUCACCACAUUGUGUGCACUCUGGUGGGUUUUAAUAUUUUUAUACAUCCUAAUCCUGAACGUUAUGAAGUAUUCUAAGUGGUCUAGACAGCAUGAUCUAGAGCAGCCGGCAGUUCCCUUUUGUGAGCAGCUACACCUUGUUUGGUUAACAUUCUUCUAAAAUGAGUUUUCCAUUAAGUGUUUACACCACACACCGGUGGAUUGAGAGAGGUGUUGCUGCAUUGGAAAAUGUCCCAUGUGCAAACUGAAAAGCUGCAAUGGGAAUUUCAGUUGUCACUGUCUGCAAGGAAGAGAGCUCUAAAGCAUACUAAAAACCAGCCUGUAUAUAAUUCACAGAGAAAGAGAUGGCUGGCUGUUGACCUGUGCAAAGUAACAGAGAUGGGAAGCUUUCCAAAAGUUCCUGCUUUUGCGUUGUCCAAGCCUGCUACCCUGCCUGUACGUGCUGCUUGGCAGGUACUAGGCAAGGUAGCAGGCCGAUGAGGAUGUCACUGAAAGCAGGUGUGAAGGGGAGGAUGCCAUGUUCUGAUGGCAUUGCAGUAAUUUAAAUACUCUAUCUGUGGGUGCAUGCGUGUGUGUGUGUAAAGUCUAAUCCAGGCAAGGGGAGUUGCUUUGGCAUCUGCCCUUUUGUAUGAACGUGAACUCUGAUAUUCAGAUUGUUCAAGGCUUUUACGGUUGGCAUGUAUGGAGCGUUAACAGAAAAGCGAAUACCCUACCUGUACAAAAACAACUCUGUUCCAGCCUGUUUUCUUCUAUUUGGUUGUGUUUUAUUGUUUGUUUUUAUGCACACUUGCUUCAUUGGUGUUGAGAUUUUAGCACCUCAGAUGGCCAACUGAACUAAAAAAAAAAAUAAAGUCAUUAAUUAUUUUUUCUUU